UCCCCAUUCAUUUGUACACACCGGUAUUAUCUGACGUACGCGAGUUCCACGUCGCUAAACCAACCGAGUACACACACCCUCACCGCGCCGUAACUGCUCGGUAGCAGGAGUGAGCUAAGCUAGAGGACUGUCUACGGUUUUUCUCAUUCAUAGACCGUUAGACGAUUGGAUUAGCGUUUCGCCAAGAUGGCUUCUUUUCAGCGGCAGAGUUCCGCUAUUUCAAACGCUUCAAGCUCAUCUUUUAUGGACAAUUCUGUCCUGUUAUCAAUAUCAACACUCAGGCAACUUAUCAUCAACAAUAUUGAAUAUUUUCAGAAGCUUCGAAGCAGUACAGGAGAGAAAUUUUACACUUUGUUUUGCGUGAUUGAGCAAGAAGCGGAUGCUAUGCGACCGACCGUGGAAGCGCUUGAACGAAUAUCUCACAACUUCGAUUUUGACCCCAAAGUACCGGGCAAUGGAUACCGAAGUCUAGUGCAAGUUGUAGAUGCAUGUGUUGAUAGACUCAUCAAGGUUGUCAGAAGUAUAUCACAAACUCGUGAAAGUUAUUUGUUUCGAAGUGGCUUUCACCUGAAGGAGUUGGAGUCGUACGGGGCGGUACUGGGCCAGCUACGGGUGAUCCUCGGGUACGCUCAGAAGCUGGUCGCCUACUCGGAGCCGGGCAAUUUAUUCCCAAACAAUGAUGAACAGUUUCCCGAAAAUGUAAUGCUAGAGGUUCAGGCUUUGGAUCGAGAAUGUUUUUAUGGCAGAUGUCUUGGCUUCCAGUUUUGUGAAUCGCUAUGGCAACCCUUGCAGACUGUAGCGGUAGCUUUAGCGUCGUAUGCAGAGGGGUAUCAGAAAUAUGAGGGUCCCUUCUCAAGAGUAGCAUCAUCGUUCUUCCACAGAUUCAGGCCAAGACAAUCAAAAAGCGGCAGGUACCUGACGAAUCCCGAAGCGAGAGGCAAGCAGAUCUUAGACAUCACCAAUAAGUCGGACAUCAGGUUCUGCAAAGCAUUCUGGUCCAUCACCGAAGGAGAUGUCAUUGCUGAGAUGUGCAACCUGAUGGCUGGGUCGGUAGCGGUCAAUAAGUUAAUCCAGAUUCAGCCUCAUAACUUUGAGAUGGAACGAAGCGACGGUGAAGGUGAGACAGCUACCAUCACACCCCCCUGCGCUCAUACAGGACCAGCUCCGGUUCAGAUCAGAUUACUAUGCUUCGUAGAGAGAGAAGGGCAGGGAUGGUUGAAUGAAGCUGAAGAGAUAGCAUUCCAGCAGAUGGGCAAGAGCUCCAAGAAAGCCAAACAGAAGAUAGAGAAACCUCCCAGCCCCAUGUCCAAAGGUCUUCUUAUUCACAUACAUGGAGGAGGCUUCGUAGCACACACAUCAAAGUCACACGAGAUCUAUCUGAGAUCGUGGGCCAAGGACUUGGGUGUACCUAUCGUCUCUAUAGACUACUCUCUGGCUCCUGAACAACCCUUCCCUAGAGCCUUUGAAGAAUGCUUCUUUGCCUACGCCUGGGCCGUCAAGAAUGCACCUUAUCUUGGAUCGACAGGAGAGCACAUCUGCCUGGCAGGAGACAGUUCUGGUGGUAACCUCUGCACAGCUGUAGCUAUGAGGGCAGCAUCCUACGGUAUCCAGGUACCCGAUGGGAUCGUCACCAUGUAUACACCCUUCGCGGUUCAUCACUCCGCAUCCCCAUCCAGACUACUGUGCCUUCUAGAUCCUCUCUUGCCGUUUGGGGUUCUGAUGCGAUGCCUCUCGGCUUACGUUGAUCUCAAGGAAGAGUUCAUGACGGAGGAGAAGGUGACGUCCAUGGUGGACAACGCCAACGAUCGUAUCCUGGGAUCCCCGAAGAGGUCUUCCAUGAAGUCAGGUGAAGGUUCACCGGUCGUUGGAGAGAAAGAAGAGAAGAUUGAAGAGGAGGAGAACGGUAACAGUACUAAAGUGACCACACCCACGACAACGAAGGAGGGGGUCAACGGUGACAUCAUCGUGCCACCACCAUCGGACAGCGUCUCUUCGUUCAUGGAGGAGGUACCUCCAACAGACAUUGAGAAGUUAGAGCAAGUCAGUGAUGCCAUUGACAAUGCAACGAUAGGUCAAGGUGACGGUCAAACAGACACCAACGGUGAGCAGUCCAGUCCUGAAGCCAUCGCCAUCUUUGACCCUUCUCAUCCUCCCAAUACAGCUGAUCAUCCAAACAGUCUUCCUGCAGACAUAGAUGCCAUCUCGUUGGACUCCAAACCUGAAGCGGAUCGUGAGGAGGAGGACGAGGAGGACUCCGUGCCUCUAUCACCAAAGAGCAGAGAAGAUCUCCACCUUGAUCUCAAAGAGGAAGGAUUAGCAGGAGAUGAAGAAGUCCAGACACCCACGUCCUUUGUGAAUUCCCCCAUCAGGGUGUUUAAGGACGCCCCUAUCAUGAGGAAUCCUUACGUGUCGCCUCUCUUCUCCGAUGAAGAACUUCUCAAGGGCCUUCCUCCCGUCCACAUUAUCGGUUGUGCUUUAGAUCCGCUGCUAGAUGAUUCUAUCAGCUUUGCUAAGAAGCUUCGUGGUAUGGGCAAGCCUGUGUUCUUAGAGAUCGUCAAUCAGCUUCCUCAUGGCUUUCUCAACUUCUCAACGGUCGGUAAGGAGUGCAAGGAGGCUUCCAUGGUGUGUGUGAGGCAUAUCAUGCAUGUACUCUACGGUUUCCAGGACAACGAUUUUGAGAAUUUAGGCGACUGAUUUAAAAUAGCUAGUGGAGCUACAAAUCCAGAGAAAAUGUCAAAAAGUCAUUCUAAAUUGUUUAUCAUGAUGUGUUAGCGUGUGUUGUUUUGAUUAGAUGAAUGUAAACAAAAGUGUAAAAACCUCACUGACAAUUGUCAUACGGUGGAUUCACUAACACAGAUAUGCCUGAAUGGGACUAUGUAUUCUAUUGCCGGCCACAAGUAGACUGAUUUAUCAAUCUUACUUUGCUUAUCACUGAGCUACUGUAGGAAACAUAUUAUUAUUAUAUAUAUUUUUUUCAUGGGGGGGGGGG